AUGACUGUGGAUAUGUGGGCAGCAGCUGUAAAGGUGGAAGGAGAGUUCUGUGAGGCGGAAGGACCUUGGUCAGAGGAAAGUCAGUGGGAGCAGGCCCAGAAGGAUGCCCAAAACGCCCUGUCAAGUGGCAGUGAAGAGAUGUUGUCAAGGUGUCAUCUUUGCAGAGGAGCGCAAAUGUCUGCUUCCCCUGUGGCCCAGAAUGCCCUGUCAAGAGUGUUGUCUCUGCCUCGAAAGGUCUGUGACAAGGGAAUCUGCUUUGUCUUUCAGUCUCCCUUUUCCUUUGAGGAGGUGGCUGUGUAUUUCACCGUGGCUGAGUGGGGCCUGCUGGAUCCAGGCCAAAAAACUCUCUAUGGGGAAGUCAUGUUGGAGAACUACGGGAAUGUGGCCUCUCUGGCAGCAGAUGUAGAGGAGACAGCUGGGGGAUUCUCCUCAGAACAUGUCAAGAAUGAAAAUGCUGAAGGAGAUGAAGAUGGACCACAGAGGCAGGAGGAAAGCCCCUCAGGGGAUGAUCAGAGGAAUGAGGAGGAUGAGGAACUGCAUUAUCUGUUGCCUGAUGAAAUGAAGAAUGAAGACGUGAGAGGAAACUUCAGGAAGAAAGGAAGACCUAAGAGGCAGAAAGGCAGCCACACAGUCAAGAGGAGGGGUAAACCUAUGCCUUGCCAAGGAGGGGAUUUGCAAGAAGCCAUUCACAUGGUGGAGGAAACAGACAAGGGCUUGGAGUGUGGAAUAAACAUCUCAUGUGAAACACAAUAUAAUGUCCAUUUACCAACGCAUCAAUGCCUGGAGUAUGGAAAGACCAUGAUUCACAGAGCAGAGCUUCAUAGACAUCAAAGAACACAUGCAGGAGAGAAACCUUGUAGGUGCUCAGACUGUAGCAAGAGCUUCACAGAGAAAUCAGACCUUGUUCAGCAUCAAAGGAUUCACUCAGGAGAAAAGCUAUUUAUCUGCUCAAGGACUGGAAUGGCAUUCUCUGAUGGAAGAAAGCAUAAUGUACACUUCCCAAAGCACAGCAUAAUGAAGGCACAUAAAUGCUUUCAGUGCGGACAGUACUUCAGGUACAGAUCACAGCUCAAUGUGCACCAAAAGAUCCACAGAGGGGAGAAACAUUUUGAAUGCUCAGAGUUUGGGAUGAGAAUCACUUGGAGUGGCCACUUUCCACAGCAUCAACGAACCCACACAAGAAAGAAGCUCUUUGAAUGCUCAGAAUGUGGGAAGAGAUUCAGUCACAAUAGCACUCUUCAACAGCAUCAACGAAUCCACACAGGGGAGAAGUCUUUUGAAUGCUCAGAGUGUAGGAAGAGAUUUAGUCACAGCAGAACUCUUCAACAACAUCAGCGAACCCACACAGGGGAAAAGCCCUUUGAGUGUUCGGACUGCGGGAAGAGAUUCAGUUGCAGUAGCAAUCUUCAACGGCAUCAACGAACCCACACAGGGGAGAAGCCUUUUGAAUGCUCAGACUGUGGGAAGAGAUUCAGUCAGAGUGGCACUCUUCAUCUACAUCAACAAGCCCACACAGGGGAGAAGCCCUUUGAAUGUACAGACUGUGGGAAAAGAUUUAGUCAGAGUGGCAAUCUUCAGCAGCAUCAACGAACCCACACAGGGGAGAAGCCCUUUGAAUGCUCAGAGUGUGGGAAGCGAUUCAGUCACAGUAGCAGUCUUCAACAGCAUCAACGAACCCACACAGGAGAGAAGCCCCUUGAAUGUUCAGAGUGUGGGAAGAGGUUCAGUCACAGUAGUGGUCUUCAACAGCAUCAACGAACCCAUACAGGGGAGAAGCCAUUUGGAUGCUCAGAAUGUGGGAAGAGAUUCACUUACAGUGGCACUCUUCAACAGCAUAAACGAACCCACACAGGGGAGAAGCCCUUUGAAUGCUCAGAGUGUGGGAAGAGAUUCAGUCAGAGUGGCACUCUUCAACAGCAUCAACAAACCCACACAAAGCCUUUUGAAUGCUUAGAAUGUGGGAAGAGAUUCAGUCGCAAUAGCACCCUUCAACUCCAUCAAAGAACCCACACAGGAGAGAAGCCUUUUGAAUGUUCAGAGUGUGGGAAGAGAUUCAGUUACAGUAGUACCCUUAAAAAACAUCAGCAUGCCCACAAAGGGGAGAAGCCCUUUGAGUGCUCAGAAUGUGGGUAGGGAUUCUUUCAGGGAGACGCUCUUCAACGGCAUCUAAGAACCCACAUAAGGAGAAAUUAUGUGACUACUUAGCCCAGAGUUAUCAAACUCAUUUGUUAUGAGGGCCGGAUGGGACACCAAUGUCACUUUGGCUGGGCCAUGUGUGUCAUAAAGCGUAAUACCAAUACAAGAGAUAGGUAUUCAGAAAGGACACAGGCAAAUCCUAUUAAUUUUUACUCUGAAUAUAAACAGACACAGUAUUUCCUUUAACAUUCUUUAAUAACUGGCACAUCUUGCUCUGAAUUUUUAUACGAACAUUUGGAGCCAGCAUCUGUGCUGUAGGAAUCUUCAGUAUGCUAUUUAGUUGCGUAUCUUUAAGCUCAGAAUGUACUUUUGAUUUAUGGACAUUUAUUACAAAAAAAAAAGAAUCUGUUCACAGCCUUAAGCUGGGGCUAAUUUGGACCCCAAAAGUGGUAAAAUUUGCUAAUGCAAACUUAAGAAAACUUGUCCUUUAGCACAGCACCCCAGUGCUCCCCUGCCUACCUGCAAUUUGAGGCAUCCUUUUAUUGGUAGGUGGGGAGCAGCGUGAAUGCCCCAUUCUGGCAACUACUGACCCACCAUGCAUAAUCUUUCUUGAUUAGGCCUCAACUUUAGAGAAACUUUUCCAGUACGUCGCCCUUCUCCCCCUCUUCUGGCUUCCUGGCACAAGUAGUCGUCUUCCCUCUCGGAAAAUAUAAUUUCUCACUACACUAGAUCAACAAUUUUUUUCUAUGUGGCCCUGGAAGCAUUUUUGUGUGUGAAGCAGGGUUUCUUCCCCAUUUAGAGGGGUCUACCCAAAAAAGCACACAUAUAAUAUAAAUUCUUCAAGGAACUGGAGCCACCACCCUCAGUACUUGCUCAGUCCACCACAAAAACUGAACCUUCCACAGAUUUACCAGCCCACCUGUCCAUGACCAGAACUCAUAAACCAGCCUUUUUCUUCCACCACCUCUGUGUGGUGGAAGAAAAAUCCACUCUUCUCCAAAUUUCAGGUCUGCUCCCACUGACUCCUUUCCUUGCACUCCAGACCCACUUAGAGACACCCAUACCCACAUGGUGCUGAGGUUCAAGCGUGAGUACUAACAACUGGGAGAACUGGUUCAUAAGCCUCACUCUGCCAUGGAAGUUGCUGGGUGACUUUAUGCCACUCAUUCUGGCUAACGUGGGAAAUCAAUUGCUUGUGUCGAAAACAGAAGUUUUGCAAAUGGAGGACCAUGGCUUCCUUCAUGGCCUUCAUGGAGGGCCAUGGUUUCCUUCAUGGCUUCCUCCAUCUCAAGUUGGGUCUUCUGCUUUGUGCUGCCUUCAGCUUUUCAUGACUUUAUUGUUUUUUCCAGUGUGGUGAGCCAGCUUGGUAAAGUGGGUAAGAGCAGCAGAUUCUAAUCCGGAGAAGUGGAUUUGGCUGCUAGGGACAGUUCAGGCUUGAUUUGAUCUAGAAGUAUGCAUGUAUUUAUACUUAUUGAAUCGCCAAUCUGGGCAAUGUACAAUAUCAAUAAAAACAUACACAAUAUGAAUAAAAACAUACACACACAAAA